AUGUUCUUGAUGUUCGUCGGCUUUUUUGUGGCGACGGCUGCUGCAGCCCCAGACCACUACGGACCACCACCGACCAGGUUCUAUGGCAUUCCCGGGGCGCAGUCAGGUCCAGUCAUUCCCAUCCUGAAGGACGAGCGUGAGGGACCUGACGCAUCAGGAGUGUACAGCUUCGAGUUCGAGACUGGCAAUGGCAUCAAGCGAGAGGAACAAGGUGCCCCUCAAGGACCGUCUGGCGCAGUGGCAAUGCAUGGAGGAUGGUCUUUCACUUUCCCCGACGGCUCCCCCGCCGAUGUCUCUUUCGUCGCCGACGACGCUGGUUACCGCGUCGAGUCUGACCUUCUGCCCACGCCCCCUCCUCUCCCCGCCCACGCCAUCGCCCAGAUCGAGAAGGCUCGUCGGGAGGACGCAGCUGCUGCUGCCUUGAGCGGGCGUUACACCGCUCCUCGGACUAGCUAUGGAUACCCAUACAACAUAUCAAAGGAAUAUAUUUGA